AUGGAGGGUAGAGGUAAGGAGCACGAUGGGAACAAGUUGAAAAAGUGUCCACCUGGUACCCCGCCGGUACAUAAGGCCCCCACAAGCUAUUUCCACUUGACCUUGUCUUGCGCUUGCUCCUUAAUAUCACUCCAGGUCAUACCGUCAGUCCUCAUCUCGCUCUCCACGGUGCGUCGCCAAAUCACUCUUUUGGCGCUAAGUACAUUAUUGAUAAAUACGUCUGCCCAAGAAUACCUGCCUCCUAAAGUUGGGCUGAAGAAAGCUAUAGCAGAACCAACGCUGCCAGCCAAUUACGAUUUUGCGUACGACGUGCAAGAUAACGCAGUCAGCUUAGACUUCGGCCACAACGAGAAGAGGAAGGACGAUCACGCGUCCGGCUCCUACCACGUGCUUCUCCCCGACGGAAGGACGCAGCUCGUCGAGUACGAAGCCGGACCAGACGGAUACAAACCACAGGUAAUGUACAUGGGUACGGCCACGUUCCCGGCAGCAGGGUCCGGUGAUAAGUUUGAUGGUUACCACUACAACGCGGCCUCGAAUCGCCAGAGCGUGAGGCAAAUAGCUCCACGAACUCCGCGUCAGCCGUCCACCCAAGCACCCACCGCACAACAAUCGUCCAAUAACGCUACACAAUGAGAGAUCUUUGACACGAUAAAAUCGAAUUAACGACAAUCGGAUUAUGAUAUUUAUCGACAGUAAAUCGAGCACUGAGAGGGUAUUUGGUAUAAGCGACACUUUUGCAACUUUACAGGAGAACUACCACUCACCAUCAGGUGGGCCGUA